UUACACAAGCUGAUUUCAGCUGCUUCACUUACAUCUACUGAUGACUAUCUUUUAUUAAGAAACUUAUUUUGUAAACUCAAUUCAUAAUUGAAGAUAAGAUCUUCCAUAAUCAGUGAUAAUGGCUAAUAUAGGCACAGUCAUUGCACACAUGAUAAAACUAGCGGUUACUGUCCUCUGUAUGUCAUUUUUCAAGGAUUCGUUUUCUCUGAAGGUGACAAAUCAAAUGUGGGCCAUUCGAGCUUUUCAACUGAUGUUUAUUCAUUCUAUUUUGGGAGUCAUAAGAUAUGGUAAUUCCAAUACGACAAAACGUUUGCGCAACUUUUACGAAUUUCUGACGAGUAUUAUCGAGAUCGUCCCAGUAGCCUUUUUCACCACGGAGGUUCUCUCCAAAUAUCAAACGUGCGAGGAAUUACGCUUCUUCAUCCUAGCUUUAGGCCUAGCACCAACUACAAUUGAACUGAGCUCUUCAACGAGAAUUAGAGAUCGCUCGAAACUGGAGCUCUUUACCAACGUCAUCGUAGGACUGCAGUCCUUUGCCGUUGCACUGAUUUGCCUUUGGUACGAAAAUUACACUGGUCUAAGUUUGGCGAUUUCGUUUGCUGUUGCAAGGUAUGUUUCUGAGGAUUUCUGCGACAAAUACGAGGUACCUUAUGUUGAUUUAUCGCAAUAUAGUUUUGGGUUUACUCAACUAUUUGCUCUAGCAGCUAUUAAGGAUGUUUGAGGCAACUAUUUAGAAUAAGCUACAAUUGAGAUAGAUGACUAGGAUGUAAGUAUGUCCUCGAAAAUAUAGGUGAAAUUUUUAUUGAAGUUAAAGAAAAUUUGAGAGAAAAACUCCCUCAUUAAAGUCUUUAAAAACGUAUCUCUAUAUGCAAAUAUAUAUGCUGCGGAUCUAAGUGUAUGUGUGUGUGUGAAAACUUAAUGACCAUAGUGAUCUAGCAGAGAGAAGAGUAUUUUGGAUUGCCAACACAAUAAGCAUUAAGUGUAUUAAUUGUAAAGUUUUGGAAUGUUUGUUCACUGUGUUGUCGAAAAUAUAGGAAAUAAUACAGUUAGUUAAAAAUCAAUUCUACACUGCCACUUAAAAUGUGACUUAGAGAUAUUAUUGUACUUAAUAACAGAGUUACAAAAAUUGUGAUUGCAUAACUAUUGUUUUUUACUUCAAAUCAAGUACUACAUUUUACACUAAUUACACUUAAAACCUGUUGUUAAAGCUAGUUUACCGUAUUGAAAAGGUAAUUAGCUAUUUACAACCCUGGUAUUUGAACUUAUUUUAAAACAGAUACUUCUUAAGUUUGAAUACGACUUGCUGAAAUUGUAUCUACUCCAAUAUACUUUUCUCUUUGUAUAAUUAAUGAUAUGCUUGCAAAGUCUGCUGCUUGAAAUUCUUGGCUGCUUUGAAAAAAAUAUUGCAAAUUAUAUACAAUCAAAUUUUUUACAUAACAUACAUUAGAUUGUUUUUUUUAAAUGUGUAAUUAACUGCUAGAUAAACUUACUACAGACCAAAGAGACUUACUGAUAAAUCAAUAAAAGCAUAUAUUAACAGUACAUAUAUAAAAGGAAAAAAAUGUAUGGCAAGAAUCGUAUAAGAAACUAUUGAGAACAUGUAUAAAAGUUAGAAACAAAAGGCACCUAAAAAAGUUCGAUAAUCUUCCAAUUUUUACGGAUUUACUGUAAACCGUCUAAAAACAUAAUAGUACCAUCAAUUCUAGCCACGAAAGUUCGGAUGAAGUUCCAAGAAACAAAAAUAUUAGCUAAAAAAUCCCUAUUAAUAGUAAGGAAACAGUUUGAGCGGUUUAAAUUUAAAAAGUAGGCACCAGUUUUAUUUGAUGAAGAAGCAAGAAAAUGUAAUUUUUCUGUUGAAAUUGAGAGAAUUCUAUUUAAAAACGC